CUGUAUUUAAAAAUGUUUACAGUCAAGCUUGCGAAGCUAAAACGUGAGGAAAGACUUGAGACAAAAGACGAUGGAGGGUGAUGUAAGUGAGAGAGACUCCGCGAAUGGUACCAUGGACGAGGACUCAAGUAGGAGAAACAACGUGUCAGGAGAAACCAACACCGAGGACAAUGUCUCAAGAGUGACCACCUUCGAGGAGCUGAUGGUGCUGGUGGGAUCGGGUGGCCGCUGGAACUUGACCCUCUUCACCUUGUGUGCUUUGUCUGCAUUUGUUACUCCUUGGAGUGCUAUGACAUACCAGUUUCUGGGCAUAACUCCUGACUACUGGUGUCAUGUGGCGCCUCUGGUGGCGGCCAACUGGACUACCCAGCAGAUACUCGCCCUCGCCAUACCUAAGAACAAUGAUACAGGGCAAGUGAACGGAUGUUUCAUACGGAACUACAACUAUACAGCAGCAGUGGAGCUGGGCUUUGACAAGAGCCUGGCCAACGAGUCAGCCAUUGCUCUGCCCAACGCUGACAUUCUCUCAUGCACCUCACACCAGUUUAAUUUAUCCCAGUAUGAUUCUACCAUUGUCACAGAGUGGGACCUGGUGUGUGAUCGACGACCUCUCUACUCUACCACUCAAGCAGCGAGCCAACUUGGCACCCUUUUUGGCAGUAUCAUCUAUGGUUAUAUGCUUGAUAUGAUCGGUCGAAGGAAAAGUGUGCUUACCAGUGCUGUCCUCUCCUUAAUUGUAAGCUUCCUCACCGUGGCAUCGCCGAAUGUGGAGACGUACAUCUUUAUGAGAGCACUAUUACAGGUUGUUGAUUUUGGCUGCUACACGGGUUGCCUGCUUGUCACUAUGGAAUUAUGCACGCCACGACAGCGGAAUUAUGUGGCCUCGUUCUUCCUUCUUCCUUGGGCUGUGGGAUACAUGAUGGUGCCAGGAGUAGCUUAUCUGGUGCGACCCUGGAGGUGGAUGCUAGUCGCCUUCACCAUACCUGUCUUCUACUACCUCAUCUACUUUUGGAUGUUGCCUGAGUCCCCCCGCUGGCUGAUUCUUCACAGCCAGUACGAGGAAGCCAUCAAGAUUCUCCACUGGGCUGCAAAAGUCAACCGGAAGACACUGCCCUCAGACGAAAUUCUCAUCACUGCCUUAAAGAACAUAAGGAUGAAGGAGAAACCUUCUAAAGAUGAUCAAGAAUCCACGGCAGAAGUAACUUCCCCAGGCCAGUGGGUGGUGGCAGUACUGAAAUACAUAUUCAUAUUGGUUACGGACGCUAAGGUGCGGAUCAGAGCCCUAGUCGUCAUCUACCUCUGGUUCGCUACUGGGAUGAUCUACUAUGGCGUCAGUCACAAUGCUGAAAACCUUAGCGCUGAUAUCUACAUAUACUUUUUCCUGAGCGGCCUGUUCGAGGUGCCUGCCUACCUCUUCCUCCUCCCAGCGAUCACUACCUUGGGUCGCAGGAAGACGCUCACUCUCCUGUUUCUGGCUUGUGGAGUUUCCAUCUGCCUUGUGGUCGCCCUCAUGAUUAUGCAGCAAGAGCUGGUGGGGGUGAAGAUAUUCUUAUCUCUGAUGGGUAAGAUGGCCAUAACAGCAGCUUUCCAGCUGAUUUGGGUCUAUACAAUGGAAGUUUUCUCCACCAAGCAUCGAUCGCGUGCUCUGGGAGCAGCUAGUAUGUUCUGCAGAAUUGGCAGCAUGUGCUCGCCCUACAUCAAUGACAUUAUGGGUGAGGUCGUGGUUUGGGGACCAUCUGCACUCUUCAGCUCCGUGGCGCUGAUGGGGGCCAGCCUAGUUUAUAUCCUCCCUGAGACUACCAAUAACAUCAUGCCUCAUCAUUAGUUUAGAGGAUUCCGCAAUUAAGAAGCUUCCUUCCUAAUGGCACAUAAUGCUGGAACUAUAUAUUUUUAGCCAUAAUUGUUAAUCAAAUCAUUACACGUGCAUUAGGUUGUAUAUUAUGGUCAUAUAUAGAUUUAAAGUUUUAAAUUUAAUUUCGUAAUCACAUUAAAAAUGUACCAUUA